AGAUUUCACCAUUUCCAUAGCAGCCAUCUAGGGAGGUCCAAUGCUCGCCACUGAUCGACUAUAAAUUGAUACCGUGUCCAGUUUCAUUCAGCCGCAGGGGAUUCUUCCAUAGCUUGGUCUGCAAAAAUGGUGUCUUACAGAGCUCUCUUUGGAACCAUGGUUCCUUUGGCCCUCGCACUCCUUCUCAUAGGCUCAACAGAAGCACAAUUGGAGUAUGGGUUCUAUAAAAACUCAUGCCCCCAUGCAGAAUUUAUAGUUUUCCAAGAAAUGACUAAGAUCAUAGCAAAUGCUCCAUUCCUUACCGGACCGUUCCUACGGAUGCAAUACCAUGAUUGUUUCGUCAAUGGAUGUGAUGCCUCCCUUCUACUGAAUUCUACAAAUAACAACCCUGCUGAGAAAGAUGCACCUCCAAAUCAAAGCCUUCGAGGUUUCGAUGCGAUCGAUGAUAUUAAGGCUAAAUUGGAGAUGGCUUGCCCCGGAAUCGUCUCCUGUGCAGACAUCUUGGCUAUGAUUGCUCGGGAUUCGGUGAAAUUGACCUAUGGACCAUACUAUGCAAUAGAGACUGGCCGAAGGGAUGGAAGCAGAUCAGAAGCCUCAGAUACCCAAGCAAACCUGCAACCACCGACCUCAAACAUCACUGUUCUGAAAAACAUCUUUAUCCAAAAAGGUUUAACUGCCAAGGACCUUGCAGUUCUAACAGGUGCGCAUACCAUAGGGCAGUCACUUUGUUCAUCCUUCACGGAGCGCCUCUACAACUUCACCGGACGUGGCUUCGGCUUGGACCCGGCGUUGGAUCCGACCUACGUACCCCAGUUGAUGUGCGAAUGUAAGCCCAAUGACAACACGACCCGGGUGGAAAUGGAUCCUGGGAGCUCCAGAAACUUUGACUUGGCCUACUACAAAGGUGUGUCCAGAGGGAGAGGGCUCUUCACAUCUGAUGAUCAACUCCUUCAUGACCCUGAGACUAAAGCAUACGUCGAGCGCCAGGCCAUGGCGUGGCCAGAGGAGUUCUUCAAAGACUUUGCGGAGUCCAUGGUUAAAAUGGGAAGGAUCGAAGUCCUCACGCACGGCAAAGGUGAGAUAAGGAAGAAAUGUGCUUUUGUUAACUAGACCAGGUGUGAUAGAAGAUGUCAGAAACUUUUGCCGUGAAGUCUAUUUUUAAUAAGGUUACGAAUUCUUGGUUCGUUAGGUUGUUGAAAGGAAUUGGUGGCAAUAAGGCAGAGUUUCUCUGAUUCUCUGCUCUGUGUGACACUUUGUUCCCACGGCAUGUGUAUCCAUUUACUUGAGCAGUAAUGGAACGUAGUGUAGUUGCUUUGCAUGCAUAAUUCUAUAUUAUUAAGAUUUGCACUAAUUUAUCU